AUGGUACCGAAACCAUCCGGAGGGCUCCUCUCCGGAGCUCGUAAGUCCGGCAUCUCCCUCGCCUUGAAUGGCGCCUCAGGCCAACCAGGCGGUGUUUCUCUCCACGACCGUCUCUCUGCAAGAUCAAGAGUCACAAAUCUCGGCAUCCUUCUACUUCUUGGCUUUGCCGGCUUUUCCGCGCUCCUCAAUCUCCGAUACAUGCUCUUCUCUCGCGCCAGGGACUCUCCACCACUAGGUCUCUCCUCUUGGCAAUCCUUCCACGGUUAUACCCCCGACCAGCUCAGUGCCUCUGUACCACCACCUCGCAACGGUACCGACCAUCUCAACCACCUCGUGAUCGUCACAGGCCACGCCAUCUGGGCUGGUUGCGACGUCAACGGCAAGGACAACGACGCAAAUUGGAUCCUCGAAGACUAUCAGAAAGGUGGAAGCGUAAAGUCUUUCUAUAAGCACAUCGAAAAGGGUGUCCAGGUUACAAAUGAAGAUCCUAGUGCGCUUCUGGUUUUCUCGGGUGGUCAGACUAGACCUAAUUCGCUUCAGACGGAGGCUGAGUCGUAUUUCUCUCUUGCUAUUGCUGCUAAUCUCGAAUUGCCGAUGAUUGCGGGAAGUCUCAGCAACUCAACAUCUUCCUCAUCUUCCUCAUCGUCCUCGAUAGGAGGUCUCGCACAUGCCAACGCAGCUGUAGCCACCCGUCACGGACUGCAAGAUGCCCGAAUGACAACCGAAAACUUCGCACUGGACAGCUUCGAAAACCUCCUCUUCUCCAUUGCCCGUUUCCGCGAAUACACUGGCCACUAUCCCGGACGGAUCACUGUUGUCGGUUACGGUUUCAAAAAGGCCCGCUUCGAAGAACUCCACGCAAAAGCAGUCCGAUGGAACACGCAAGGAUUUCUCAAAAACGGCGAACGAACCUUCCAGUACGUCGGCAUCGACGAUGAGCUAUCCGAUGCCGAAGCGAGUGUCCAGUACAGGGGGGAGAAAGUGAAAGCGUAUGUGCUGUACGAUAAGGAUAUGUACGGUUGUCAUGGUAGAUUGAAGGAGAAGAGGAUUGAAAGGAAUCCGACGAGAAGGUUUCAUCCAUAUAUGAGUUCGGCUCCGGAAAUUGCGGAUCUGCUGAAUUGGUGUCCUGCCCCGAAUUCGGGAUUGCAAGGGCUGUAUCCGGAAAACUUGCCUUGGGAUGCAAGGGUGAUUGGGACCGGGUGGGGGAGGGGGGCACUGGCGGUGAAGAAGAAUAACAAGGGGAGGAUUAUUCCUGAUACUAGGUGGUUGCAGAUUGGGAGGGAGCACUAA